GGGGCCUCGGCGGCAGGCGAAGAGGCAGCGCGCGCGCCCAGUGGCGAAUGACGGCGUGUCAAGAAUUCUGUUUCGCAUUAUGGACUGAAACAACUCCAGUCAGGCUUUAUUGGGAAGGAGGAGAAAAUACUGCUGUAUCUAUUCAUUGGAUUUUGCCAGUAGCUUAACCACAGGAGAUAAUCCACAACAGUGUAAAUGAGUCAGAAUGGAUCAGGAAGGUGGGGGUGACUUCCAGAAAACCCCUAACUUCCAGUGGAGAAACUACAAGCUCAUUGUUGACCCAGUGCUCAAGCGGGCCCCGCACAAGAUCUACCGCUAUGAUGGAGUGCAUUUCAGUACCAAUGACUCGGGUCAUGCCCCUGUGGGUGAUGUGCGGGAUCCCAGGCGCAGGAUAUGGUCCAAAAACAGAGACCUUUCCCUCCCUGUCCCAAAGUUUAAGCUGGACGAGUUCUACGUGGGCCAGAUCCCCCUGAAGGAGGUGACCUUUGCCCGGCUCAAUGACAACAUCAAGGAGCCCUUCCUGGCUGAGAUGUGCAAAAAGUAUGGCGACAUUGAGGAGAUUGAGAUCCUCUACAAUCCGAAGAACCGCAAGCACCUGGGUCUAGCCAAGGUGCUCUUCACUAGUACAAGGGGAGCUAAGGAAACCGUAAAGAACUUGCACAAUACUUCGGUCAUGGGCAACAUCAUUCAUGCCCAGCUCGACAUCAAAGGUCAGCAGCGAAUGAAGUAUUAUGAACUGAUUGUGAAUGGCUCCUAUACACCCCAGACUGUUCCCACUGGGGGCAAAACACCAAAUGAGAAGUUCGCAGCAGACUCGUCGGAGUCCCGAAGACGCCACUCGACCGAUUCCUCCUACCCUAGCAAUGCGAUGCCUUCAACGCCUGGCAAUGGCACACCUUGCUCUCAGGACACUCCCUAUUCGAGCGGCCGACAAGACACGCCUUCUUCAUAUGGCCAGUACACACCGCAGUCGUCCCAGGGAACUCCAUAUACCCCUCGGGGAGGAACACCUUAUUCCCAAGAUUCUGCCUACUCCAGCAGGCAAGGGACUCCAGGCUACUCCACCUACCAGCCAGAGUCAACAUCGUACAAAUCUCGUCGGCAUGAGAAUAGCUUUUCAGACUCCUAUUCCCGUCGGCAUUACUCUUCUUCGUCCUCUUCGUCCUCCUCCUCCUCCUCUUCCUCCUCCUCUCACUACCGCAGCAACGACCAUCACUACCCACCCUAUAGCCAACCGUUUGAUGGCGGCAGCAGCAGCAGCAGCACUGCCACGACCAGCAGUAGCCGGUACCAGCGCCUCUCAUCCACCUCAGAAGGGCGGCCUUCCUCCUCCUCCUCCUCAUCUCAUCGCUCCCACCAAAGAGAGGACUCUGGCUUCCAUUCCCGACACAGGGAACGCUCCCAGCGGGACGAUACUACUCCUUCCUCCACAGCUGCUGCUGCUGCUGCUGCUGUUGCUGUUGUUGCUGCUGCUGCCACCACCCCCACUUCUUCCUCGUCUUCAUCCGUGGCGACACCGUCGGAUAGUGCUCAAUUCCAGAACAGCCACAGUUUUGUUCAGCAGAGUGCAGAACAUUUCCCAGCCCCCAGUGUCCUCUACCCGUCUUACACAGCCACUCCAGAGCCCUUCUCUGUACCCACCGAGCCCCACACUGUGGACCAGGACUACCGGCUGCUCCCCACAGCCGAAACCUUCGCUGCCAACUCCCUGCCUCCCACGGAAUUUCUUGCUCAGGAAACAAAAGAGAACAUCAGUCCGGCAGUGACAACCGCUCUAGGGGUCGAUGACCGAUCCCAUUCUCCUGCUGACCAGACCUCCCCGGCCCGAUCUGGCUCCCCUGCACCGGAGACGACCAACGAAAGCGUCCCCUUUGCUCAGCACAGCAGCUUGGACUCCCGCAUUGAGAUGCUGCUGAAGGAGCAGAGGUCCAAGUUCUCCUUCCUCAAUUCGGACACGGAAGAGGAAGAGGAAGAGAAGGGGGGGCUCAAGGGGGCAGAGCCACAUGGGCCCUGCACUCCACCGCCUCCCCUUCCAGUCAGCUUUGAAGACGUGGCGCCGGCGCUAGACGUGGGAUCAGGAGCGGAAUCCCCCAAAGCCAACGGGCAAGACAGAGCAUCUCAACAGUCAUCAGGGGAAGACAUGGAAAUCUCCGAGGAUGAAGCAGAGGUCGAGCCCCCGACCCCUGUGACGGGGGUGCCGGAACCCCAUUUCCCUGUCCUGCCAUCAGCCCUGGGCCACCUGCCGUUGGGCGUGUCGUCCUUCACUCCCCACCACCGACCAGAGCCUCCCCCUGCCUACCCCAUACAGCCUCUCAUGUCUGUCUCCCUGCCGCACCUGGCGGGUAAAACCCCCUCGCUCCCCAGCUAUGGCCAGGUCGGCCCGCGUCAUGCCCCCCGCCUGUCGGACUUCAGAGGGAGGGCGAACGUGGUAGGUGGCGGCGGCAGUGGUGGCGGCCGAGGGCCCCCCCACAUCUACGACUUCGUCAACUCCAUGGAGCUGAUGAACCGGCUGGGCAACCAGUGGGGCGGGAUGCCCAUGUCUUUCCAGAUGCAGACCCAGAUGCUGAGCCGCCUGCAGCAGCUGCGCCAGAGCAAAGGCCAGUUUGAGGACCCCUUCCCCUACCACCGGGAGGCGGCUUCUUUCUGUGGCCGGCCCCUCUACGGCCACGGCUACCUACUGGACCAGGGCAACCGUCACUUCCAGCGAGACCAGCUGUUUAUGCAACAGCCAACCGCCGUCGGGGCCUCGGAGCAGCAGCCGCUGCAGCAGCAGCCGCAGCAGCAUUCCUCAGAGCAGCCUCCCCUUCCGCCUCCGCAGCGCCUCCUCGAUUUCCGGGCAGCCCCGUGGGGGUACCAGGAGGAAGUGGCCGCCCCGCCGCCACUCCCCAAGGACCCCCACGCCUGUGUUGUGGACAGCGUCCUUGAGACACUUAUGCAGGAGAUGAAGAGCAUCAUGCAACGCGACCUCAACCGCAAGAUGGUGGAGAACGUGGCUUUCAACACCUUUGACAAGUGGUGGGAGCGCAAGGAGGAGAAGGCCAAGCCCUUCCAGAGUACUGUCAAACAGCCAGUCAAGGAAGAGGAGAAGGACAAACCCAAACUGAAAGAUCCUGCUCUGUUGUCCCUGGUCGACUGGGCCAAGAGCGGUGGCACUGGCGGCCUGGAAGGCUUUGGCUUUGGGACCGGUUUCCGAGGAGUUCUCCGACUCCCGUCCUUCAAGGUGAAAAGGAAAGAGCCCUCCGAAAUCUCAGAGGGCAGCGACGUGAAGCAGCCACGCCCUUCUACUCCUGCCGAAGAGGAUGAGGAAGAUAAGGAGUCUUCACAGGUUCCCAAGGUCUCCAAGAGGGAGGAUGAACGGACCAAAGGACCAGGGAAACGGCGAAAAUUGUUCUGCCUGGACAGCGAAGGGGAGGAGGCAUCUGACGACUCAUCCUCUGAGAAGGAGGAAGAGGAAGACCGGCGGAGGGAGGAAGAGAAAAAGGGUGCCAGAGGGCGCAGCGCUAAGAAUGAGGAAUCUGAAGAUGGAGCUGAGAGCGACGGCUCUUCCAAGUAUUCCCUGUACGAAGAGUCCGACGAGGACAGCGACAGCACAUCUGAUUCGGAGAGCAGCUCUUCCUCCUCUUCUUCCUUGUCGUCGUCGUCCUCUUCUGAUGAAGAGGAGGAGGAGGAGGAGGCUGAGAGCAUGGAGGAAAUGGAUGACUCUGCCAUGGGCAGCUGCCCCACAGAGCCGUUGAGAGCCGUGGAAGAGAAAGCGCGGCAAGCAACGGAUGCUGAGCUGGGCAAGAAGAAACCAGAACCCGCCCUGCUCCAAGGCCAUGUGGUAGAGGAGAAGCCUGCUCUUCGGAUGGAUACUCUACCAGCACCACCGCCAGAGGAGAAAGAUGUUGGAACGGUGCCAGAAGACCGACCCAGGCCAGAAGGGCGUCCUUCCUCACCCAUCCCACUGCUGCCACCACCCAAGAAACGCCGGAAAACUGUUUCCUUCUCAGCUCCUGGUGAAGAUGACGAGAUCAAGGGGGUCUUGGAGAAGCCACCUGAAUUGGCACCUUCGCCUCUUCUGCCCCCACCGCCCCCUCCUCCUCCUCCUCCUCCUCCUCCGCCUCCUCCCCCCACAGAGGAAGCACAACCCCCAUUAGUGCCUGUGGAACCCAUGGUAGCGCCCCAAGUGCCCUUAACCUCAGACGCCCCGGCUCCAGUGGCCUCUUCCCUACCUCCCGCAGCGCCCCCCGUUAAGCCAGUGGCUGCUGCCAGCCGCAGGCGGGAGCCCCCCAAAGCCAGCCAAAGAACAAUCAGCAACUUGCCAGCAGACCACGCUUCCCUUGUAAAAUGUUGGUCGGAAGAGAUGCCGCCGGCUGGCCGCUCCCGGAACCGCUCUCGCUCCCGGAACUCGGAGCCCUUGCGGGUACCUCAGCCCCCAGAAGAAGACAGGCUGCGCAUCCGUGAACACAUGGGGGCAUCCUCUCUGCUAGAGCUGGCGAAUCAACCCGACCUGGCUGUGUUGGCGGAUGUGGCUCUCAAGAUGCCUGUUGGCGCAGGUGGCGAAGACUCCGAGGAGACGGAGACCUCGGACGAGGCUGAGGAGCCCAAGGCCCUGCCGCCGCCGCCGCCGCCUGCACGGUCCCUCGAAGUCAACAGCAUCCUGAUGGAGCAUAACUACGCCAUGGCUGUCCGUGUGGCGACAGUGACUGCCCCCCGCAAGCUGGAAGAGCCAGUGUUGCUUAGCUCUGCUGACUUCUUGCGGGGGGAUUUGUACAGUGAACACAUUGGCGAGGUCCUGGAGGCUCCCGAGGAGGUGGUGGCCGAUGCCGGCGAGGUCAAAGCGGAGCCUGAUGUGGGUGACCUUGUGGCGCUGCCUCCUGCACUUCCCCUGCCUGCUGAGAAGACCAAGGCCGUCGUCCCAGAGCAGCAGCAGGCCAAGAAACAUCCCCACUGGCUCAAGGAGGAGGCAAUAAAGGACCCAGGGCCGUUGCCCUUUGGGCCGGAGGAUCUUUUCCCUUCGGAGAGCGAGGAGGAGGAGGAGGACGAAGAGAGCGCCGACAGCAGCGACGAAGGGGAGAUCCGUAGGAGAUCCCUGCGCUCCCACUCCCACAAGCACAGCCCAGCCCAGCCGCCUCCCCCACCGCCUGUCUUUGAGACACGCAGCGAGUUUGAGCAAAUGACAAUCUUGUACGACAUCUGGAACUCGGGGCUAGAUUUGGAGGACAUGAAGUACUUGAGGCUGACGUACGAGCGCCUGCUGCAUGAGGACAACAGCACAGACUGGCUGAAUGACACUCACUGGGUUCACCACACCAUCACAAACAUUGCAAACCCCAAGCGGAAGCGGAAGUCGUCUGACCUGCGGGAGCACCAAACGGGCUGUGCCCGCAGCGAGGGCUAUUAUCACAUCAGCAAGAAGGAGAAGGACAAGUACCUUGACGUGUGCCCGGCCACUGCACAGCAGCUGGAUGCUGCUGAUACGCAGGGCACCAACCGCAUCCUGUCAGAACGGCGAUCUGAACAAAGGCGCCUGCUGAGCGCCAUUGGCUCCUCCGCCAUCCUUGAUAGUGACCUUCUAAAACUUAACCAGCUUAAGUUCCGGAAGAAGAAGCUACGUUUUGGCCGGAGUCGAAUUCACGAGUGGGGCCUCUUUGCCAUGGAGCCGAUUGCCGCUGACGAGAUGGUUAUCGAGUACGUGGGUCAGAACAUCCGGCAGGUGGUGGCCGACAUGCGUGAGAAGCGGUAUGCCCAGGAGGGCAUUGGGAGCAGCUACCUUUUCCGCGUGGACCACGACACAAUAAUUGAUGCCACCAAAUGCGGCAACCUGGCUCGCUUCAUCAACCACUGCUGCACGCCCAAUUGCUAUGCCAAAGUCAUCACCAUAGAAUCCCAGAAGAAGAUCGUCAUCUACUCCAAGCAGCCCAUCAGCAUCAACGAGGAGAUCACUUAUGACUACAAGUUCCCAAUUGAGGAGAACAAGAUUCCUUGCCUGUGUGGUACAGAGAACUGCCGGGGCACCCUGAACUGAGACAGAGCCAUGGCAUUCAUAUUUAUUUUGUUUCCCCCAUCUUUCACCUGUAGCUCAGCUUCUCUCCCCACAGAAUUGGGGGUAGGAGGAAAUCUCUGUCGCCUUAAGACCCAUCCAGCUAACUUUUACGUUCCUAGCCAAUGAGAAAGCACUUCCCUUUCUUCAGGUUCUAAUCAAUGAGAAAUUCCCUUUUCUUCCUCCCAAUCAGAAAUGGCAACUUUUUAAUUUAUUUUUUGGGGGAUAUUGCUAUCAUUUUUGAUCCAACAUUUCAUGCCGCACAACCUACGAAGCAGUGAGUUAUGGGUUGUGCAGUAAAGCAGACGAGGCAGGCCUACUUGCACACAGCAACCCAUCGGUUUAAAAACCAAUGGGCUGUUGUUACUUGUGAACAGGUUCUAGGUUUGUUACGAACAUGCCUUGCUUCAGAAUAUCUUGCCUAAUAAAUAGAAUGACCAUCCCAUUUAUUCUUCCAAGUAUUUGAGGCCAUAGAAAUAGAGGUUCCGAAAUCUAAUUGGAUUGUGUUGUUCAUAUUGCAAUCUCCCUGCCCUUUUCCUUUCCUGUCUGUCUCUCUUGUAACAUAUAGUAAGGAGUGGGCUGGGAGAAAUACUUAACUAUAUUAAUGAAAGGAGUUUGGAUUUCUUUCCUUGCUACAAUUACGGCCUCAACCAAGCUGACUUGUAGCUUAAGCUGAGGCCUUCCCCAAAGCACCCACCCCUAAUCAUUUUUCUUUAGGAGAAGAAAGUUGUGUAUAUAUCUAUUCCAGAUGGAUUGGCUGUUUCUUGUAGAAACACACAAGUUUAUUGGUAUGUAAAUAUUUUAUUAUUUUUGUUUUCCACUUCAUACUAAAAAGAAAACUGUAAAUAACGUUGCAAUGUGUUUCCUUCUCCUGUUUUCAUCCCCACAUGCAUUGUGCCACCCUUUUCUUUUGAUGCAAAGUGGGAUUUUUUUUUCUCCUGGGGAAAAAGCAUAAUAACCUUUUGGAUGGUGCAUUGGAGAGGCCAAAAGAAGUGUAUUUCUUUCACAACCCAAAUGGGAGUCAGUUCUGAAAGGCAAAAGAUGUUAUAACGAGGCAUAGGGAAAUAUUUCAGCAGGGUUUUAUUUUUUACUUCUAAAAAUUCUGUUUGUACUCUGUUUGCUGUGUAUUUGUUUUUAAAUAGUACCGAGUUGGGUAAUUCCAUUUUAGAGCACUUUUUCUCAGGUGUGUGUUUUCACUUAGUUUCACCCAGAGCCAAAAGCAAUUGGGUGCCUUCAAGUUUCCCUGGCCUAAAUGUCCUUUCCUUUCUGGGGGAACUACACAUGGUGUCUGCAAACACAAAUUUUCAAAUUUGUUUGAAUAAUGGCAAUAUGAAGGGAUUCCUUCAGGGAAGGAUAAACUUGGUAGCUAAGCCCUCAUUUCCUUGCUGCUCUUCUGUGCUUCAGCCCGUCACCUAGACAGGCAGCCAUUCAAGCAGAGAAUCCCUUUCCUUCUCCGCUUCCAUCCAUUUGGUGUAAAUAGGAACGUUUGUCGUAUAGGAUGAGAAAACGGAUCCUCCAGGAGGUGUCUUCUAUUGACCCUUCAAAUACUUGGCGUGAGCAAGAUAUCAAGCGACAGAAUUGCAUGUUAUGCCCACAAACCUGGUUUGCCAUGUCCAAGGAUGCUGAAUACGAUGACUGCUGGAGAAGGGGGGACAUUGUCCGGAGAGAUGGUGUCAAUAGGAGGGUGUGCUUAAUGUUUCUCCCGCCUUCUCCCUGACGGUCCUUCCCUCCAGCUUCCUUGUCCCUAUUCCACCACCACCAACCCCUGCGGACAUAAGCCAGUCCAUGAAGAGGGAAGCAGUGUCAGGUAAAGGCUCGCCAUUUCUCUUCUGAAAGUGCCCUUCUCCUUACUUUUCUGAUACUUUGCGAACACAAUUAGAAACCUGUUUGCUGAUGGUAGUUAGUAUAUAGUUCCACCCCAAGCUCCUUCCAGCAUGUUGAAGGCGAGUUGUGGCCUAGUGAACAGCCUCUUCUCACAUAGCUCUGUGUUUAAUUCCCUUUGGGCCAUGCUUCUCUUGUGUAUCCUCUUAGGGGGCAGGUUUAAGGAUGCCAUUGAAUUGUGCUGUUCCUUUGUUAGGACCUCUGGAUUUGAAACCAGUGGUCGCUUUGCCUCUUCUUGUUGGCUGUGCUUCUCUCCCCCCGCCCCCCAAACACGCUAUGAAAGAGGGUUCCUAAGUAGCCAAACCGAGACAUUCUCCAAGGGAUUUACUUCUCAAGGUGGCAAAAUCAUGGCACCUCCUCUAAAAGCUCUGUCUCAUUUUGAAGUUUACUCCUUCCAUAUCCAAAGAAAGCUCAGUAUCUUGCUUUAAAGGACUCUAUGAGAACUUGACCAGUGGAACUUUUUCUGGGGAGUGGGAACCGGAUCUAGCAAUUACUUGUAACAGGCUUGCUGUGUUCAAUUCUAUAACUUCAGGCUCUCACCUCAUGUGGUUUUGUUCUUGAUGGAACUGUACACAUUCCCCCCCCCCCCGCCCCACCAUUUACCACUCUUACGUUUUGGAAACAGAGAGAAAAGAAGUUUUAGUAAGUUAUCUUAGCAACUAGUGUGGUGAAGGAAAAGGCUGAAGCAUCUGGCAAAGGAAAAUGAGAGAGCAGAGCAAGGAGGGACGGACUUGUAUGCUGUUGUUGAAAAACAAAACAUGCAUGCGCACACUUAAUUCUCUUUCUAUCUGUGUGCACGUGCUUUUGUUCUUAUUGAUUUGGGUCCUUGGAUAUUUUUUCUUCAAUUACAUCUUUUAAGAAUUUUCCAAAAUGAGCUUUUUCAUCCUUUUAAGUUAGUUUCAUUCAGUAGCAAAAUGUGUUCCUGCCACUUAACAAAUCAGGCAGAAGGCUAUGGUUGUUUGCAUCUUCUUCAAGGGUUUCUUUACAAAACUUAAAUCCAACAAUUUUGGGUUCAACCCCCCCCCCCCCCCACACACACACAUAAUUCCUCUUUAGGGCUGCUGUUUUAAAAAACAUCAGUCCCUUAAAAUCUGUAUCGUUCUUAGGAUUCAGAAACUAGAACCUUCUACACCUCCCUGAGUUCAGUGGUCUCUUACCCAGAAUGAGCCAUUUAGCUAACCUUUAACAGCUUAACUUGGCGUUCUGCUUUAGAUUUCGGAUGGGUUCCUGUUUUAACAUGAAACUUUGGUAAGAGCAACUUUGCUGAUAUUUAAUGUUGCUACAAUUGCAAACAUGACUGCUUUUAAGCACAAUACAUUGGCAGCGAAAAGAAGACAUUCAAUUAUGUAAUUUCUCUGAAUUGUGUCUGGUGGCAAGCUUUUGAAAAGCUGGCUAAGUCUCAGCAGAUUGGCAUGACACAUCAAGCUUCUGUUUUUGUUGGAUUCAAAUCUUUUUUUUCUUCCUGAAAGCGUGUGUGACCCGACAUGCAUAGAAACUCUGUUCUGGCUUGAACCCCCGGAUAUGUCAACAGGAGGUCUGGGCUGUUUUUAGAACAUGCCUCCCCUUGAUUUAGACCUAUGGGUAUGAAUCACUUAAUAGUGAAAUACAAACAAAGAAUUAGAGAGAUAUACUCUUCCCCUCCCCUUUUCUUUUGCUGUGCCUCAUUGAAAUAGAGAAUGCACAGUAGUAGUUACUUGGUGGGUUUCAUACCAAUAUUUCACCUCCUUUAGCAAAGUCCAUUCAUUAGGUUUUGUUCUAUUUUUUACUUCCCAAGCAGUUAAGCCCUAGUGUGUUCCUGAAUCGUGCAGGAGAGAUUCCUGGUCGUAUUAAACAUCAUCUGUUUCUCUGCAUACAGUGACGUGCCUUUUCCAGGUGUGAAUGAAAACCAGUCAUUCACUAACAAGUGGUUAUUCCAGCUGGUUUUUCGGAUUGAUCAUGUAGCCACCCAAACACGAUGUUAAUAGUUCUAUACUUCCCAGUGUUUAAAUAUAUGGUUGUUGUUUUUAAUGAGUUACAGGAUGCUUUCAUUUCAUUUUCCUCCCCUGUUCAUCAUGAAAUUUAGAAAUUUUGGUGGCUGCACAGUUUCUCCCCACUACUCACCAAAGCUAGAAAGAAGGGAAACCGUGGUACUCCAAUUGAUCUGUACAGUCAUCUCUGCAACUGUUGUAUCCUCAUCCAACUUGGCCACAUACCUCUUAACAGAAUAGAUGAGAUUCUUUUAAAAGGGGAGGGGGGUUUGGAACAAUCAUACCUGUGUAAACGAUUCCAGAUGCUUUAACAAAAACCACAACGUUCUUUUGAUCUUUCAGAGGUGACUCCUACUUUGCCAGCUUCUAAACUUGAAGGUUUCUGGAAUUACCUACCCACUUCUUCCUUUAUGUGCAUUUUUUUUCCUGUGUACAUAUAUGUAAAAUAUAUAUAUAUAUAUAAUAGAUAUACAAAAAAAAAUCUCUAUACCGGGAAGGGGUAUGCUCUUUUAACCUUCUCUAGCAGCAGCAGCGGCUUGCUGAGAGUUUUGUGUUUAAUGCAGAGGAUGGAAAUAUGUGUGCACAUGGACGGACGGAUGGAUCCUUUUUUCUCUUUCCCCAUUCCCAGCUGCCCAGUGGAUGGGUCUCUUUAAAUUUGCAUACCCACUCUUCUGUCUAUAUAAAUAUUAUAUAUAUAGAUAUAUAUAUAUAAAUAUAUUUUCAUUUGAUCUUAUUGGCUUCCUACUUGUAAAUAUGUUAAUAAUUUGUGGAUUCAUUACUUGGUGCCAGAUAGCACAUUUUUAUAAAAGUCAUUAA